AUGAGAAAGUCUAAUACUAGGGCGUCCCCCUUAAGCGACGUAGAUGCGAACAAGGCUAUCAACGAGAAACAUGCUAGGGCGUUCCCCAAAAGCGACGCUAGGGACAAGAACCGUCGUUCGCACCUAAAAACCAACGACAAACUCAGACUCGCAACAUGGAAUCUCGGCACAAUGACAGGGCGCAGCCAGGAGCUAAGUGAAAUCUUAAAAACCAGAGAAAUUAAUGCCUGCUGCAUUCAAGAGACCAAAUGGAAAGGGUCAAAAUCCAGAGACAUAGGGAAUGGUUAUCAAUUUGUGUAUCAUGGGACUGAUACUAGAAGAAACGGUGUAGGCGUCGUACUAGACAAUCAUCUCAAACAGAGGAUCAUCAACGUGGACAGAAAGAGCGACAGAUUGAUUGCCAUAAAGCUAGCAAUGGAUAACCAGCAACCUAUGAACAUUAUUUCUGUGUACGCCCCGCAAACCGGCUGCUCCGAACAAGAAAAACAAGACUUCUGGGAGGAUUUUGAUGAAGUUAUGCAGAAUAUCCCACCCACUGAAUACAUUCAUAUCGGGGGAGAUCUGAACGGACAUGUAGGCGAAGGAAAUGAUCUCAACUAUGACGCACAUGGGGGAUAUGGAUUGGGUCCUAUAAAUCAACAAGGUAUAGAUAUCCUAAAUUUUACGACCAAGCACUCCUUGAAAAUUGUUAAUACACACUUCCGGAAGAAAGCUGAACAUCUUAUCACCUAUAAAUGCUCAAACCAUAAAACACAGAUAGACUUCAUUGUAACCAGUAGCAAUAGCCUUAAACUUUAUAAGGACUGCAAAGUGAUCCCAGGUAAUGCACUUACGUCACAACAUAGACUCCUAGUCGCAGUGAUGACUCUACCCAAGCCUAUAAAAAUGCACAUAGACCGGUCAGAGAGCAUAAAAUGGAAAGAGUUACAUACUCCCAAGGGAUCACAAUUCCUUGAAUGGGCGGCCAACUAUGUGAUAGAAGAUAUGGAGGAGAACAAGUCGGGCAGCCAAAUGUGGGACGACUUUCAACACAUCUGCCUUAAGAAUGCAAAAGCAUCUCUAGGAAUAUCGCGCGGAGGCCUGCGUCUGAAUAAGGAGACCUCUUGGUGGAACGAAAGUGUUAAAGACUUAAUAAAAGCAAAGAGAAAGGCAUUCAAGCUGUGGCAAAAGUCAAGUCUAGAAGAAGAUCGUCUUGAGUAUAAAAACCACAAGAAGAUAGCAAGAUCUGCUGUAGCACAAUCCAUAGCAAAAUCUAGAGAAGACUUCUAUGAUAAACUAGAACAGGCGGAAACGGAGAAUGCCAUUUAUAAAAUUGCCCGACAACGUUACAGAUCCACGCUCGAUAUCAAAACUAACAAAUACAUCAAGGACACCCAAGGCAGGCUCCUUACAGCAAAUAAGGAUAUCAACAACCGUUGGAAGGAAUAUUACGAACAACUAAUGAACGAGGAAUACCCUAACGCACUUAUGCUACAUGAGCUUGCCACCCAGGGACCCAUAUACUGCAUAACAGUGGAAGAAGUAAAGAAGGCAUUAACCAAAAUGAAGUAUCACAAAGCCACGGGGCCGGAUCAGAUACCAGCGGACAUCUGGAAGAAGACGGACCAAACGGCACUACCCUGGUUGACUAAACUGUUCAAUUGCAUUAUCAAAGAUGGCAAAAUCCCUGAAGGCUGGCGUAAUAGCACACUGUGCCCUAUUUAUAAGCAAAAGGCGAUAUUGCACAGUGUGGCAAUUACAGAGGAGUAA